UUAGCACGUAAGCUUUAACUUUGACUUCUUUUUUAAUCAUACAUAUUCAGAUAUAUUCUUCACCUGAUUCGGAUAUAAAGAUGAAUAGUUUAAACAAAUCACUAAUAGUUGUGUUUAUUAUCUUGAUAAAAGCCGAUUCCUGCGUCUCUACGCCGAGUUGUUUCGCAAACUGCGCUUUAUGUGAAAAUUCAACUGUGUGCACAUCAUGUGACUCUGGAUACUACUUACGGUCAGCUGAGGAAUGUAGAUCGUGCACGUACGUAGGAACGAACUGUGCUACAUGCAGUAAUGAAACGCAUUGUAACGAAUGUAAGCAAGGAAAGUGGGGCACCAUUUGCCAAUCAUUUUGUUCUGACGGUUGUAACACAGAAACGUGUAACUCGUUUGAUGGAACAUGUACUUGUAAACGUGGUUUUUAUGGACGUACAUGCCAACUCCAGUGUUCGGCAAACUGCCUUACUGACACAUGUGGGGUUAACGGUGAAUGUGAGUGCAAAGACGGGUAUUAUGGAAGACAAUGUACUGAAAUCUGCUUUGAUGAUUGUGAGAAAUGCUCGUAUGGCACAUCUUGUUCUGUUUGUCCAACUGGAAGAUACGGACAACUGUGUGGCUUUACGUGUGAAUGCAAUGGAAGAUGCGAUAUUCUCACUGGUGAAUGCAUGAAUGAAACGUGUCCUGAUAAGUGUGUAUCAUGUAGUGAACGUGAUCAGUGCAACGAAUGCACUUUUGGUUGGUAUGGUGCACGAUGUAACUACCGCUGUUUAGUUAAUUGUAAUGGGGGUUGUGAGCAAUAUUCCGGACAUUGCGAUGCUUGCUUUACUGGCUACUUCGGAAAUAAAUGUGAUAUUCAAUGCAUUUACUGUCGUAACGGUAACUGCAAUCAAGAGGGGGAGUGUACUUCGUGUUAUGAUGGCUACUAUGGACCACUAUGUAAUAAGAAAUGUUCUGUGGACUGUAUUGGCCAUAUUUGCAACCAGGUAGAUGGGGCAUGUCAACUGCCGGUUCAGUGCCCUGAGAAUUGUGUCAGAUGUACGGAAACACAUACUUGCACUGAAUGCGAUGUGAAUCAUUAUGGUGACCUGUGUGCAUUAGUGUGUAGCAGUACGUGCAAAGAUGGUCGUUGCGAUAUAGAAUCUGGUCGUUGUGAUCAUUGCAUUUUAUCAUAUUAUGGGGACUUUUGCGAAAACCGUUGUAGCCCUGCAUGUGCCUCUGCUGGUUGUAAAAGGCAAACUGGUGCUUGUUUUGGGUGUAAAGAACUAUCAAUUUAUGGCCCGUUUUGUAAUUUAACUUGCAGUAAUAAGUGUACAGAUCUGCAAUGUUCACAAGAAGAGGGUAAUUGUUCAAAUGGUUGUAUCCCUAAUCAUUAUGAUUCAAUGUGUGACAGCAUCUGUUCCGAGAACUGUGUAAAUACAACAAAAGGAACAAAAUGUGACUCUACUGGUAAAUGUUUUAGAGGGUGCUUUGAUGGUUUCAUAGGCGAUACGUGUACGAAAGUGGACACAACUGAUAACGGAAGCAAUGAUGGACAAAUGUCGGGUACUCCGGCAACUGGUAUUGGAGGAGCUGUCACAGGCUUGGUGGUAUUGGCUGUUGUCGUCGUUCUGGUUGUUGUUGUUUUAAAAAGAAGAAAAAGGAGGAAGAAGACAUACGAAGACAUGUUACCUCAAAGAAGCAGCCAAGAUAAACCCUACUCAACAUUGGCACUAGAAAACACGACCCAGUAUGAAAUACCCGAUUCCGAACCACGGUCUGGGUUUAGCAUGGAAAGUAAAGACACUGGAGUGUACUACAAUAAUGAAAAUGUCUACUACAAAAAUGUUGGUGGAAAUGUUCAGAAGAAAUGAGUAUCUACAACAUCAAUUUGAUGAUAGUGGCUUUGUUUAUUGAUCUUUGAGUUGUCAGAGCUGUGUAAUUUCACACAAAUAAAUAUAUCAGUAUA